ACCUUCACCUUUGUUGUCUUUAGACACGAGACUGGUACUCGUGACGGUGAUCCAGAAAACAAACCUUAUCAACAAGCGUUAUCUGGUCUACUUUAGCGAACAACAUCUCCACGCAUCGUUCACUUUUCCAAUAAGCUUGCAAACGGAUUAACCAUGAAUAACGCCCCACAAACAACGUUAAAGAUUAUAUUUGUCGCCCAUUUUGUGCUGACAUUUUGGGGGUCAAUGUCUGGAGCGCUGAUGCCAGCAGCUUACCUCUACCUCAAUGCAUUUGUCCUAGCUUUUGGUUUCUGGGCCAUUGUCAACCCUGAAUCUCCGGAACCAGUCAUGAUGUACCUCAUCAUGCACGCCAUCAGCGUUGUACAAGAUAUAGUACUGCUGGGGAUAUAUGCACCCAGGGGAUACGAUUUAUCACGUGCCACUCAAAAUCAGGGCACCAUCGACGAGUACCGCUUCAGUUUGGGCAUGGCCAUUGUUGACUUGUUAAUAAAACCAGUCACAGGAUUUCUUCUCUUCCGGAUUCUCCGAUCACGGAGCGGAGAGUACUCCGAGUUCACCAUUCCAGGAGUCAGCAAUUUCCCAGGAUUUGCUGGCAAUCUCGAUGGAGGAACAACUCCCCCUGGUGGCUAUGAAAAUAUUGACCAUCCAUCACCGUACCGAAAUAACGUGGAAACAGCCACUGGCCACGAUACGAUGGACAAACCACCGCUGCAGCAGUAGAGCAUCGUCGAGGAGGAUGCAGUUGGUAGACAUUGACAAAAUAACAGCUGUGUGUUUUGUGUGUAUUUAAAUCAAACAAUUGUAUCUGUCCAAGAUUUGUGUUGAGUACGAGGUUUUAAAGGGACAGGACAUCAAUGACAGAUAUAUGCUUAAAUGGAAUCAGCUUUUCACGUUUUAGGAUAUUUUCUCAAUGUAAGUUAAACAUUUCAUGACGUAUGUUUAUUUAGACAUGAAGACCCGUCCAAAAUGAAACAGAUGAAAACACACGAAUGGACUGUGUAAGAUGUGACGAUGUGACAGGUAUUCAACAAGCCUGCAAGGAACUUUGUCAUUGGCUUCAUACGUUUGAGGCUUUGAUAAACACUGGCUUCAAAUCUAUGCAAGGUGGCAAUCAGUAUUUUGUAAAUCAGCCGUAAGAAAAAAACAUGAGUUUUCUCUUCAGUUUGCCUCUAAUAAAAAACAAGACUGAAGCCAGUUAACUCUUUGCAGUGCUUGCGUUGUCGGCUUCACCGUUCGGAGCUCUAUUGUUUUUUGUUUCCUAUUUGAAGAGCAUGUGACGGAAAUGAUUUCAUGCAUGAUUUGAUAAUACACAGAACUGUCGACGUGCUGUCCCUUUAAGCUAGCACACAAACAGUUCAAAAUUAGGGUUUAAAGGAUUACAUUUCAUACUGUGUGAAAGUCCACAGUAGGCUUUUGGCUGUUUUAGUUUUUAAAUAUUUUGGGGGACUAUCGAACAUGUUUAAUGUAACUGGUACUAUUGAAAUAUACGGCUGUUAAGAUAAUAUUGAUACCAUUGGUAUUAGUAUUCACUACCAUUUGUAGGAAUGAUAUGGAAAUUCAGAUUUCAGGAAAACAUCUUUUUGGGCAAUAAAUACAAAUGACAUUUAUUUCAAAUAUAUCUAUAUAUGAUAUAUUUGAAUCAUUGUUUGGAUGACCAUUCCAAUGAAGUUACCAUGGUAACUGCAAUAUUCCGCAUCAUUCCAUCUGUCAAACUGUAUUAUUGUGUCACCUAGUGUGAAGUUGCAGUUAGAAUAUAACAAUUAAUAUAUCCACAUUAUUGUUCUGCGUUUUGCUUCAUAUGUUCUACAUUUACAGGUUCAUGUGGGGCGGUCGGGUAGCCUAGUGGUUAAAGCGUUCGCUCGUCACGCCGAAGACCCGGAUUCGAUUCCCGACAUGGGUACAAUGUGUGAAGCCCAUUUCUGGUGUCCCCCACCGUGAUAUUGCUGGAAUAUUGCUAACAGCGGUGUAAAACCAUACUCACUCGCUCACUCACUACAGGUUCAUGUAGAUGGUGCAUAAGCAGUAUUGGCUGUUUUAUUAAACACUUAUUUGUUUCCUUGUCAAGUUUAGUGUACACAUGUUUGACGAAAUGAUAGAAUCAAAGUUUCUUUUUUGUCGCUAAUUAUCAGUACUGUAUUCAACGUAAUAAGCGCCCAGGGUGCUCUCAAAAUUAAAAAUAGGGGGCUCUUAUUAGAAUAUUAUUUUGGGGGAAAAAACAGAGUUGAAAGAUAAAUUUUGUGGUUUAUGCUGACAGCCUGAAAUGUUUAUGUACGACAGAUAUAUUUUUCCCGAAUUUAAUGGCCCAUAAUUAAGGGUGCAUAUAACACACGAGUGCGUAUCAUACGCGAAUAAAUAAGUCUUGUCUACAUUGAUCAAUUGGAAGGGGUGAUAAUUGGGAUAGUUCACUAGCCAAUAUAUCAGCAAAUGUUGCCAUGGGCGCUUAUUAGAGCGGGGCGCUUAUUAAGUCAAAUAUGGUAAUCCUAAGGAAAACCUUCUAUUUGUAAUUAGCGAGGUGAAUUCUCAAAAGGGAUGUAUAAAGUUACCUUCCCCUCUUCAAAGUUACCUGCCCCUCUUCAAAGUUACCUGCCCGCAUUCAUACAUUAUUAAUUUUGAAACAUCGCCAGCCUUAGAGAUAAAUCGCGUCUUGAGUCAGUUGAAAUAAUGCAAACAAUUACUUGACAAUCUAUAAGGAGUUAUGAUGAAACUAAAUAACUUAGUAGUCUUAAAAUUAUAUGAAAGAGAGUCGGGCAGGUGGAGGAGAAUAUGUAGCCCGACAGACAAAAGACCAGCCGCGGGCAGUCACUUAUUUCGGACACUGGGUGCCGUUGUUUGUUCUCUGUAUGUUAAUGCAUGUUUUGAAUUACAGUAUAUUUUUUUUAUAUGAGACCAUGGAUAGUUUGAUGGUUGUAUCUUUUGUUGACUUUUGUUAAAUUAGAUUGGUUCAUGUUGUUUGUUAGGACAGCGAUCUAAUCUUCUUCUGUGUUGCAGACACCAUUUCUGAACGAAGGUUUUUCUGUAGCAUUGGUUGCCAAUGUCUCUUUUCAUUUGACCUGUGCUAUUACAGCAUUCAAAACUGGCACUAGUCCUAUUGUCCUUAUGAUUAAGGUAAUAUAGUAGAAAUUUGCCUUUUGAAGGGCUUUGCUAUAUGUUAUCAUUGUAAAGACUAGAGGACUAAACAUUUUUCUAUUGCUGCUAUUUUUUACGGGUUUGUUUUUGUUUGCGAUAAUCUAUGUAUCAGCUAUCCCAAAAACGGAUCAAUUCUAUCCGACAGCAUCGACUGGGACCAGUUCAUUCCACUGGAUAAUCAUUUCAUAAAUAAAAUGAAACUCAGUACAUUUAUAGUGGCUUGUUUACUCUGGUUUAUUAUGUACAUGUUAUGUAAUGGAAAUUAUUGACGUGAUUAACUUGGACUGGCUGUUGGGACUUGUUUCAAUGUUCCCUGAUAGCUUGGCAUGCUGCUCAUGAUAUCAAUCACUGGUUUGUAUGUAUCAGGUUCAGUUAUGUACAGGCUGCUGUCUGUGGCGUAAAACAAGUAUUAUUAUUAUUAUUAUUAUUCUGUAACAGUAUAGACAUGAAAGAUUCAAGAUUUUCAAGAUUCUACAAAUUGUAGACAUAUAAGUUGUGUGUUGAGUUUAUUAAGUUUAAUAUAGUUAAUAGCAGUUAUUGCAUUUGUCUCUAUGUACGCGAUAGUACUUGUAGUAGACAUCUAGAUGCUGUGUAGCCUGUAGUGGACAGGUCUAAUGUUUAGAGGAAGGCAGACUUUUUGUACCUUUGUUUCUGUAAACAUGGUAAAUAAAUAAUAAAAAACCUGUGGAUAAUUCCAGGUAAGGAUAGGUCCCCAGGAACCUGUGAGAGGUAACCUAAUGGAUCAGUGACAUGGCUGAUUUCGUGUCAUUGUUGUGUGGAUUGUUGCUCGAAGUAUUGGUCACUGGAUUGUCUGGUCCAGACUAGAUUAUUUACAGGCCGCCAUCAUAUAGCUGUAAUAUUGCUGAGUGUGGCGAUAAACAGUAAACAAAAGUAAAUAAAGCUGUAAUAUUGCGAGUGUGGCGAUAAACAAUAAACAAAAGUAAAUAAAGCUGUAAUAUUGCGAGUGUGGCGAUAAACAAUAAACAAAAGUAAAUAAAGCUGUAAUAUUGCGAGUGUGGCGAUAAACAAUAAACAAAAGUAAAUAAAAAGAAAACAUAUGAUUAUCAUUAUUUUGACCUCCUUAAAACUGCCAAUAGCUAUUAUAGUGUCUGAAUCCUUUUAUUCCUGUUUUUGUUUCUAUUAUUAUUAUUAUUAUUGAUGUUUAAUGGAGAACAUGGUAAUCCUGUUACCAUGAUUUCUGGCUCUCUCAGAGCUUCUAUCUUGUGUUCUCAUAUGCAUCCAUCCUGCAUCACGUGCCUUCAUGUUCGUGUAUAUAUUAUUUGUGAUAUUUUUACACCACGUCUCCACUAGUGCAAUAUAUACCAAUCACCAAUGUACAGCGCAUUGAUAUAUUAUGUAUAAAUAAGUAUAUAUAUAUAUAUAUAUAUAUAUAAUUGAUUCCUCAAUUUAUCCAAAAUUCAUUUCAUAUAGUCUUGGCGAUAGUUUGAGAGGUGUCACUGCAUGAUAGUCAGAAAUGUCUUUGUGGUAGCAUGAGCUUUGAUAAUUGGGGCGGGAAUAUAUAUAAUAUAUAAUAUAAGCAGCACAUUUUGCAAAAUAUUCAAGGAUGACUUUGUGGUCAAAUUUUUAAGGAAAAUCUUUAAAGGUAGGCGUGAAAUGUUGAAAUUAUUCAGUAAUAAGAAUGGUGACUGGGUGAUCGAGCUGUCUUUAUAUAUGCAAAUACUGUCAAAUUUAGGCUUCCGUCUGAAGUUAGGCCUAAGACUUGCUUAGUUGCACUUUUUCACAUUUUCAUGUAUUUUGAGGUCAGUAGUUUCUAUUUUGGUGUUUUUCAUUAUUUGUCAGAGCCUAAUGUGUCAGCAUGGGUGAUGGAGAUCUGUUUUCAAGAUGAUUGAUAUUCUUUCAUGUCAUGAUUCCAAUAUUUAAGAUUUAUUUACUCACGCAGUGGAAAUUUGAGUAGAAUUUUGCUACAACUUAAACUCUUUUACAGAUUGUUUGCAAGGGUAUGCCACCAUUACUGAGAUAUGAUUUCAUCUGUGCAUGUUUUUCAUUCCAUUUGUGUACAUGAAGUAAAUACUUUCACAACUUCA